AUGCCAGUACUCAUCCAAAAUGCCCAGUACGAGGAGCUGCAGGUCACCGCGGGCAGACAUGGGGACGAUCUGCGCAACACCAAGCAGGAGAUUGCUGAGAUGAACCGCAUGAUCCAGAGGUUGAGAUCUGAGAUCGACCACGUCAAGAAGCAGUGCGCCAACCUGCAGGCCGCCAUUGCGGACGCGGAGCAGCGUGGGGAGAUGGCCCUGAAGGACGCCAGGAGCAAGCUGGAAGGGCUGGAGGACGCCCUGCAGAGGGCCAAGCAGGACAUGGCCCGCCUGCUGAAGGACUACCAGGAGCUCAUGAACGUGAAGCUGGCCCUGGACAUGGAGAUCGCCACCUACCGCAAGCUGCUGGAGGGCGAGGAGUGCAGGCUGAAUGGCGAAGGCGUCGGACAAGUCAACAUCUCCGUGGUGCAGUCCACCGUCUCUGGCGGCUACGGCGGUGCUGGCGGUGUCGGCAGUGGCCUAGCCCUGGGCGGAGGCAGCGGCUACUCCUACAGCGGUGGUCACAGCCUUGGAGGUGGCUUCAGUUCCAGCAGUGGCAGAGGCCUGGGGGGUGGCCUCAGCUCCGUGGGAGGCAGCAGUUCCUCCAUCAAGUACACCACCACCACCACCUCCUCCAGCAAGAAGAGCUACAAGCACUGA